AUGGCGAUUUAUAUACCUUACGGUGAUCAACGGAGAGGAAAGUCUCAAUUACAAAUGAUCGCUUCAUGGUGUCGACAGGCUCAAUCAAGUAUUCUCGAUGAUCGUAGUGCAUUCUAUGUUGAACAAUUUACUACCUAUGAAGUUUUAUCUUCAGAAGUAUUUAACAAAGAAGUCCAAUCAUUAACAAGUCUAUUUAUUGGAUCGACGAAAAAUACAUUUGUCCAUUCGUUGACUGUGAUUCGACAAAUGUUACAAGAUAAUGUAUUAAUGAGUGGUUAUACAACUAAUGCAUUCCCUUAUGCUUUAGGCAACACCAGUGAUUUAAGUCUUUAUAUGGCUUAUGCUUAUUAUCCAAUAGUAUCGGCAGAAUCAUGUAUUUGCGUUUUCUCCAACAAUUGUACUGACACAAUCAGUGGUUUGUAUAUUGCUGAAGGUCAAGCGAUGGAAUUUCCUAUUUUUUCAGGACUCCUCACUGGUUGUUUCGUCGACGAAGCAACACUUCAAUCAACUCUUGAAUGCUAUUACAAUCAAAGCUGUCUUGAUGCUAGUCACGCAUUUUUUGGCUUAGAUCUUUCGAAUAAUUUCACUGCUAUGAAGACAACUGUCUCAAGUCAGUUUAAUGCUACUUCGGUGAUGAGAGAUAUUCUUAAUGAAAUGAUGGUAGAGGAUUGGAUAUAUACAUCCUCUCAUGCAUCUUUCUACAACGCAUGUCAACCAAUAUCUUGUAGUUACUCAUAUACCACAAAGAAUGACUUAUCGGUCAUUAUUAGUGACAUUAUAGGAUUAAUUGGUGGUUUAACAACUAUUCUAAUGAUUAUUAUUCCCCAUUUGAUAAAGCUUGUGCGUCGUUGCCAACGACGAUUGGCCUUUCAACGAGCACACUUUGCAGGUGUAUUUAGAAUGGAACAACUACGUCAAUAUUGGAACAAAGGAAAAGAAAAGAUACGCCUUUUAAAUAUAUUCUAUUCAAGACAUGAACAAGUCAUCGUCAAUGCCUAUGAUUUACGGACACAGAUUAUUUCCACACGUGUCUUUCUGGGUUUUCUCUUUGUUUCUCUAUUUGUCCUGGCUAUUUAUACAUCUCAAGUACCCAUCAAUAUGAUAGUUACCAUUCGUUCGCCUUCACUUGACCAAUAUUCGCGUAUAUAUUUUCAAUAUUCUCAAUCGCUUUCAUGUCCUUGCACGACUAUUUCUCUUACUUACGAGCAAUUUGUUAAUGUGCGAGUAGCACGUUUUCAUCAAAUAUGUCAAAGUAUAUAUGUUACAACAGCUUGGACAUUACUCAUUGAUGAUUCACAUCUGUAUCACACUAUUUUCUUUGAAGAUUUUCGCCAGUUAGGUGGCCGUUUCUUUGAAACAUUAGCUUCAUUCUGUGCUCUCUCUCAAGAACUAAUCACAGAAGAAUUGAUCAAAUUCAAUGCAAGCCGUUUCGUGACUAAUGAUGUCAUGGCAUCAAAUUUGUUUUACAGUCAAUUUGAAUCAUACAUGCAGAGUUUUAUUUCUUCGACAAAACGUUCAUUCAAAAGGUCCAUUCAAUUGAUACGUGAAUUAACUGAAGGCAAUAUACUUUUCUCGGGUAUUCUUAGUAAUCUUCAGUUUAACAUGGUUGUUAACGGUACUGAAAAUGUAUUUUUAACCAUAAAUUACACGACAUUUAUGGAUAACUCAUCAAACUGUUCAUGUCAACGGACACCCACAUGCGUAGCACCAUCUUCUGUCUUCUACGAUGUUUCCUAUGCUGCCACACCAGUGAUUCGAUUUACUGUGCCGGGAAUUAUGCGUGGAUGUUAUGUCCUUGAAGCGUUUCUACAAUCGAAUUUGAUCUGUUUUUACAAUCAAUCAUGUGUCAAUGAUCUUCGUCAUGCAUUGAAUACAACAGAUCCGUUGAAUAUGACCAUUGUACUCAAUACGACUGCACUCAAUCCAUUACUUCCCAGUCAAUUUCAUAUGAAUUCAACAUUGAAUGAUAUUAUUAAUGAACUGAUGGUCGAAGAAUGGAUAACAAAUGCAUCGCACGAGAUGUAUUAUACGGCAUGCAAUCCAGUAGUAUGCACCUAUUCUGUUAUUGGUAAAAAUAAGUUGAUCUCGAUAAUAUCAACUAUGAUUGGUUUGUUUGGAAGUCUUACUACGAUACUGACAUUUAUCGUACCAAUCGUGGUCGAAAGAGUGAGAUUUUAUCUUCGACGACGUGGUAAUAGAGUCAGAAACAUCGAAGAACUCACAAUAGAAACACCAGCGAGCAUACGCUAUUGA